CAGGGUGGCGUUCGGUCAAGGAUCAGACUCGAUGAGCUCAGAGCCGUUGUCACCGUGAGGGACCCCGGCGCUCCCUGACUCCACGGACCCGCCACUCCCACCAUGGCGCCGCCGCCCUCAAGAUGGCGCCGCCCCGCGGCCGCGCCGCACUCAAGAUGGCGGCGCGGGGCGGGCGCUGCCGCGGAACCGGGUCAUGGCCGCGCCGGAAGAGCCGUGAGGCGGCCGGGCCGGCGGGAGCGAGCCCGGGACGCGGCCGCUGCGAGCGGGGCCCGGCCAGGCGGUGGCGGCUGCGGCGGGACCGCGCGGCUGCCGCCAUGUUGCGCUGCGGAGAGGAGGUCGUAAGUGAGGAGAGUGAGGAGGAAAACAAUGGAGUCAACCUGAUGGAGUUCUCAGAUGAGAUCCUUCUGCACAUCCUCAGCUAUGUCCCUUGCACAGACCUGGUCCUCAAUGUCAGGAGAACCUGCAGGAAACUUGCAACACUUUGCCUCGACAAGAGUCUAACACAUACAGUCCUGCUUCAGAAGGACUAUAAGGUAAACAAAGACAAAGUGAAGCAGCUGAUGAGGGACAUUGGAAAGGAGAUCUACCAGCUGAACAUGGCCGGCUGCUACUGGCUGCCCAGCUCCACCAUCGACCACGUAACACGGUGCAAAAACCUGGUCAAGCUGAACCUGUCCGGGUGCCACGUCACCUCUCUGCGGCUCUCCAAGAUGCUGUCCACGCUGCAGCACCUGCGCUCCCUGGCCAUCGACGUGAACCCGGGCUUUGAUGCCAGCCAGCUGAGCAGCGAGUGCAAAGCCACCCUCAGCCGCGUCUCGGAGCUGAAGCAAACCCUUUACACGCCCUCCUACGGGGUCGUGCCGUGCUGCACCAGCCUUGAGAAACUGCUGCUCUACUUUGAGAUCCUCGAUCGCUCGCGGGAGGGGUUCAUGCUCUCUGGGCAGCUGAUGGUGGGCGAGAGCAACGUGCCCCAUUACCAGAACCUCCGCAUCUUCUACGCCAGGCUGGCUCCUGGCUAUGUCAAUCAGGAGGUGGUGAGGCUGUACUUGGCAGUACUGAGUGAUCGGACACCUGAGAACCUCCACGCCUUCCUCAUCUCUGCCCCUGGCAGCUUUGCGGAGACGGGAGCCACCAAAAACCUCCUGGACUCCAUGGCCCGAAAUGUUCGUCUGGAUGCUUUACAACUGCCUAAAGCCUGGAUUAACGGCUCUGGGCUCCUGCAACACUUGAAGUUCAACAACCCUUUCUACUUCAGCUUUAGCCGAUGCACCUUAUCUGGUGGCCACCUGAUCCAGAGGGUCAUUAAUGGUGGGAAGGAUCUUAAAAGCCUGACCAGUUUGAACCUCAGUGGCUGCGUUCACUGCCUGGCUCCAGAGUCCUUGUUUCGGAAAGCAGAAGAUGACAUCGACAGCAGCAUUUUGGAAAGCCUGGUAGUGUCUUGCUGCAACCUGAAACACCUGAACCUCUCUGCAGCUCACCAUCACAGCUCUGAAAGCAUAGGGAACCACCUGUGCCAGCUCCUGUCCAGGCUAAAGCACCUGCUCUCAUUAGCACUGCCAGUUUGCUCCAUCACAGAUGUUGGUGCAAGCGUGGAGAAGCCUCCCACCACACCUAAUUUGGUGCCCCAAACAUUUGGAAGGAAAGUUCGGAUUGGGAUACAGACAUAUCCAAGGAACUUAGGGGACCAGACAAAUCAGAAGAUCGAGUCUUCAGUGUUUUGGGCUCUGAUGGGAAGCCUCAGAUUUUUGGAAACCUUGGAGAUAAUUGGGUCCAGCUUCUCCUCUGCCAUGCCCCGCAACGAGCCGGCCAUUCGGAACUCGUUGCCUCCCUGUGUCCGGGCACAGAGCGUGGGGGAUUCAGAGGUGGCUGCCAUCAGCCAGUUGACUUACCUGCAGAGCCUCACCUUAGCACAGCUGCCAAAUAUUCUCACGGGCUCUGGGCUCGUCAACAUCGGACUGCAGUGCCAGCACCUGCGGACUCUUUCCUUGGCCAACCUGGGCAUGAUGGGCAAGGUGGUCUAUAUGUCUGCUCUCAUGGACAUGCUGAAACACUGCAAGUGUUUGAGAGAUCUCAGGCUGGAACAGCCCUACUUCUGUGCGGGCGCCCAGUUCUUCCAGGCACUGAGUCACUGCUCCUCUCUCCAGCGGCUUUGCAUCGUCUCCCGGAGCGGGACUCUGCAGUCUGACGCAGUGAUGUCAUUCAUGGCCAGCUGCCUUGAGGUCAUCAUGUGCCACAUGUUUAUGGGAGAAUCUCUUACCGUUUGCAAAAAUCUCCAGCAGUCCAUUGUCCGGAGGUUGCUGUCAUGUAAAGCACUUGCUGGUGGGCACUUGGGCUUUUUCUGUACGGUUCUUUCUGCAUUUUUCCAGGCAGAACGCCCUGCAUUAAACGUCGUCAUUUUCCCUCUGCUUCACGAGGACUUGACAGAGGUCAUCAGAGAUGUCCCCAUGAGGCACUUGGAUGAAAUUACCUUGUUCAAAAGCAGAGUGGCUGAGGAACCUCCCAAUUUGUGGUGGUGACUGCCACAGCAUGGAAAGGACAAGUCAUUGUGAACCCAUGGAGUAGCUUCUUGUUGGCCUGGAUUUCCCAUCCUUGGCUCCUGGCCACCUCACUGGAUGCUGUACAAUCACUUCAACCAGGUGCAAUUGCAAAAUAAAAAAAAAAAAAAAAGCUAAGCUGGUUCUUUGCAGUGGGGAAACAUCUAUUGGAUAUUGCUUGCAUCUGAAAAUCCCGUCUCAAAGGCUUGUGGAAUCUGAUGAGUAUUUCCUUGCGGUUAAUAUGAAUUGGUUUUUGUUAUUUUACUGAAGUGAAAGGUAAGAGAAACUGACUUAACAAUGCUCUUUCCCCUGUGUCCCCUGGUGUCUGUCCCAAGGGCCCCUGUGUACGUUGGCAGUGUGCUUUGUGGUUUUGGUGGAAAUCAUUCUUUGCUUCAGUCUGUUUUUGGCAAAGUAGAAAGCCUAGGCCAGCUCAGAGGCACAGAAAUGUGUUGCUCAAUUGAAGUGCAUCACAUCUUUUCUAUGUUACAAAUAGGCAUUUGUAGUCACACACGUGCAGUCACAGAUAUUUAAAAGGGUUUUUUUUUUGACUGAGAAGUACCACAAGGACUCUUUAUUUUUUAAGAACAGCUUAAGGUCAUUAACACCUUGACCAUGGUGUGUUCCUGCUGGUGCUGUUUCCAUUGGUGUGGUGGAAGAAGUUCUCAGCUCUUCUGGAAAUCCUUGUCCUAGGGUAGAUGGUGCCUACAGUGAAUAAGUUGAGGCUCAGAUCUGAUUUAUAUGCAGUCUGUCUUGCAGUGUAGAUGGGAAUGUAGUGUUCCAGUUCUGUCCUUAUAUCCCAUGCCUUGAGCUCAUGCUAAUUUUAGAGAUGUUAUGAAGUAUUUUCACAGUGUGAUUUCAGUCAGCUUCUCUGCUCCACAGAACUUCCUCAGGCAUCAGUAGUGGUCUGGAUCACUUUCAUAUUGCCUUAUUUACUGAGCACUUUUAAAAGCAUCAGACAGCUGUACCAAAAGCCAAGUUACAAAUUCCUGGAGCUACAAGUCUGGGUGGCAGAAUUUUCCUUGGUAGCGUACCAGGUCUGUCUUCUGCAAAGCAGCUGCUGACCAGAGCUGUCUGACUUCACCCAAAUCCCGAAUGUGUUGAGCUCUGCUUUUCUGGGGAGGCCCAGAGUUGUCCAAAGAUGAUGUGCCCAUCUCCUUGUCAGCAUUUUCUACUCAAGAUGCCCUCUCCCAAAUGCUCUUCUGCCCUCAGUGUUCAUAGGAAGCCUGGUCUGAUGGGAUAGAUUUGAGAACAAAAUGCAUCUCCCAGCCCUGGAGGACUUUCUGUCCUUACUUUCCAGUCAGCCACGUGUGAGCCUGACUGGAAUUGUGUCCCACAGGUGUAAAUCUUGAGCCAGGCUGUGACAACCCUUGUGCUCAGAGAGGCUGCAGUAAAGAGCAGGUGAGUGUCAGGCUCUGCUAGCACAGGUCUGUGCCUUGCUGAGACCAAGCCUUGGUGCUUUGCUGUCUUUCCCGAGGCUCUCAUUGUUCCCCUCUGAGGACAGGGAGCCAGCACAGCCUCUGGAAUGCAGCAGGAUGGUGAGGCCUGCUCGUGUUCCCCUGGCAAUGCUGCAGCUGAGCUGUGAGCACUCCUCGGGUGUUGGAGGCUCUGCCUCAGCUUCAGCUCCAUGCUGCUGAGUGUGAGGAGCUGCUGCCCCGCUCCUGCCACUGUUUCCCCUCCCACUCUGCCCCCUGAGGUCCUUCUUUCUACCUCCUGUCAUAUUACUCACAUUUGAAUCCCCUUCUCCCUCCUUUCUCUCCCUCUCUUCAGCACAUCAGAUGUGCUUUUUGGCAGGAGCACGAGCUGCUGCUCUGUCCAGUUCAGGCCACUUCAGCUCCACCUGGUUUUUGUCUGUGUUUUUUUCCUGAGAUAACUAGCAGGACUGGGCAGAGGGUGUUUGCUAAGCCGCUUUCUCCUCCUUGUUGGAAGCACUGGCAAAGUUGCCUUGUCCUGUUUGUGCUGCUGGCCUCAGGGCAGAGGGAAGGUGGAGGGUGUGGCAAGAGCUCUCUGAUGCCUUAGGGAACCUGUUCAGUCCUGUGAAGGAAUCCUGAUGUUUGGUUCAGUGAGGCCAUUCCACCCUCCGCGGGGAUUUCCUCUGCAUAAACAGCUGUGGCAUCAGCGGGAGCUUGGCAGUGCUGCCAGCUCACCUCUUCCUGUUCUGCUGGAAAACCUGGGCUGGGGGACAGUGGUGUGCAGAAACCAGCUGUUGCUUGAUUCUGGUGUUCAGCCUUUGCUCUUGGGGUUGCAAUCACCUGGUAGAACACGCUGUGCACUUGGCUUGGCACAUCCAUAUCCACCUGCCUCGUGUGCUGCUGGAUGGGAGCGGCAGCCAGGGAUGCUUUGUAGUGCUGUUCUGUUAUUCUCUCGCCAGGGAUAUGAUGUUUGGGCAUCUGUAUUCAUGCAAGUGGGUCACAAGUCCUGAUGAUGCUGCCAGUUAUAAGCAGGGCUAGGAAAGGUCACCCACAGGUGAUAAUGGUAGCAUCCCAAAUAGUAAUAAAGAGCUAAAAUCUCCUUCCACCCCCAGCUCCCCAACUCCGGGCCAGUGCUUGAUAUCUCUACUACAAUCCUCUUAUGGUGAGCGAGAAUUUCCGCUGCUUUUGCACUCCAGGCAGGAUUCACCAGAUGUUAAUAAUGUGCUUAUUUUCUCUAAGUGCUAUUUUGGCAUCGGUGUUAAUUACAAUUUAUAUUCUGCAACAUUUACACUGGGAAAAGAACCCACCCUAAUAGUACCCAAUUGGCAGAGCUGGGCUAUUAAACACAGCUCCAUAUGUUCUGAGCAGAGCAGUGCAUGGGACUCAGAGCCCACUCAGAGCUCAGGCAGGCAGCUGUAGAGGAAGAGAGGGGAGCAGAGACAGGGGUGGUUUUGCUCCUGGAUUUUAUUUAAUAUGAAAUCCCCCUUCCUUUUCUCUGUCCCCAUCUCUCCAGAAAUCUCCCUCCUGCUAUCUGUGAGCAUUUAAAGAGGUGAUCUCUGAGCCUGCUGAUGCUGCUGUCCGUAGUCUGAAACAAAUGAAUUCAAUUCCAGAAGGUGCCCUUCUCACAGGGAGUGCCUCUGCAGGAUCCCAGUCUCUGCUGGCCUGUUCCUUGCUGCCUUCCAAAGCAGACCUCCAAUCUUUGGGAACUGCAGCAGAAAUCUUUGCUUUGACCACCCCCAAAGUGUCCAUGGUUCUGUGGGAGAAGGAUAUUCUGGGACAGUUCUGUUCUUGUGUAAAACUCGAUGUAGUUUGCUGCUCUGCUCAUGUCCAAAGUCUUGUUUGGCAAAGAGGUUCCUGCAGGCUGGGAGGGUCUGGAGUGACCGUGGUGUGGGGAAUUCGGAGGGGCUAAGUCAUCUGUGUUCCCGUGGGUUUCUUAGGAGUGUAGGUUAAAGGAUUGCUUCCUCAGCUGUUUGCAAAGCUGAUUUCAUGGUCUCUUUAGGAAAUGGCAGCGUAUCCACUGCUCUGUUAGGAGAAGGGGCUGUGUGGUGACUGUCUCUUCAGGAGAGCUCUGACUGUGGUCACUUCUCUGUCAGGGAGAAGAAGAUGGGAGUGAGAGGAGGCAGGGCAGGAUGGAGUCUUGGAUCUCCCUCUGGAAGCCAGACACACAUCCUGAGCUUGGCCUGUUUCCUCACUUGUGGAAGGGGGGGAGGCUCCCCAGGUGCUGAACCCUCCCUUCCAGGCGAGGUGUUGCUGGGGAGCAGAGGGCAGACCUGGGGCUGGCGUGGACUGAGAGCAGCAGAGCCACAACCCCACUCACUGGGGUGUAAUUCCCAUCACUGCCUCCUCCUCUGCCAGGCGUGUGGGGUCCCAGGGAGCAGAGCAGGACCUGUCCCCUCACAUGGAUGUUCAGAGCUGGGGGACAAUGGACAGGUGUGUGGGACCGUCCAUGUGAGGUGCUGGGUGCUUUCUUCCAGCAGUGCUGUUUUAGGAUAGGGCUGUAGAAAUUUGGGACUUUCCCGCUGGUGGAGUGAACCAGUGCAGAAGGGUUGUUUCAGGGUGGAUGCAGUUCCCUCUUGGCUGGUCCCAGCAGAGUGUCCAAAGCUGGGAGAGCAGUGCAGGAGCUGUGCUGGGUGCUGCAGAGCCCAGUCUCCUUCCACUGCAGCUCUCCUGCCUCUUUGAGAUGCACAGGCAGCCAGGGUACUCCAGCAGCAGAAUCAUUUCCAUAGAAACCAAUUGGGAUGUUGUACGGGGAAUAAUGAUUAAUAGUGAAGGGAUGUUGCCUCAGGCCCUUUUCAUUUUUUAGGGGGCAGUGAGGGACAAACUGGGGCACAGGUAGGGGGACAGGGAGACUUGAAAACUAAUGGAAACCAUCUCUUCCAUUAAUUUCCAGGGCAGCUUCCCCUCUUCUCCUCCUACCCAGCCCCCCACUGCUGCUCCCAGCUUUCGUCAAAUUUUCAAAAUGGCUAACCUGGUUAGAAAUAAUCAUAAUAAUAAAAAAGGAUGGAUGAGGUCUGACUACUAACAUUGUUGCUGUUAGCAGCAGGAUUUCAGCCAUAAAACAUGAAGCAAGGGAGGCAUUGACCUUUCCGCUGUUUGAAAUGAAUGGAGACAUCAAUAUCUAUUGUUUUGUGGCAUUGACCUCUGACGCUCUCAGUUCGCCCUCCCCUUUCUUUUUUUUUAAUUUUCCCCUGACACUGGAGGAAAGGGGUCACUCUGUACCAUCUAUUGAUCCCGAUCUUACUUGGUGAUAGGGAAAUAAUUAGAAUUUUAAAGAUCUCUGCUGCACGCUGGUGAAAUACAUACGCAGAGGCACAGGCUAAGCCCCCGCUUGCCAUGUUGUGUUCUCCCCCCUUCCUUGCAGAGAUCCAAAGCUCUGAGAUCUGAAGGAAGGCAGAUCAAUAUAGGUUUAAUCAUGAUGGGGGUUUUAUUUCAGUUUUUUUAAAUAGUAAAGUGUAACAUUUUAUGUUAAUGUUGUCGGAGCCUGGCUGCCUGGUGCCUUGUUUUAUUUAUUCUUUUAAGUAGCCCCUUCUUUUGUGAACUUCAUCAAUGUACAGAGAAUGUGAAAUCAGGCAUUGCUAAUUAGCUGUAUGACAAUUAAGUAAUGUAGCACAAAACCAUUAGGACACUGGAUUUGUUUUUGAAGUUUGUCCUUUGAAGUGGAAGCUGCAACUCCCUGCCCAAGGCUGCUGGGGAAAAUGUUUUUCUAUCAAAACUUUCUUUGAAAAUAAAAUGUCAGUGUAAGAGUCCCUAUUUCUGUCGUCUCUCCCUCUAAACAGCGGGUGGAAAUCGUUUCUCCUUGUAAAAACUGCUGGCAUUGAUAGAAAGGGGAAUUCAGGAAAGCAUUAAAUGGGUAGUUGGUCUCCAAACACCCUCAGUUCUGGUAGAGAUAUCACCAAAAAUUCUUGUUUAGCUCCUUGAAAGGGAACAGUGCCACGCGAGGAGACCCAGCUCACAACUCUGGAGAUGGCAAAGGGAGGUGGUUCUAAAACUGGGGGUUCAUCUCUGACACCCCGAGUGCCAUCGGGGUGACAGCCUGGUCACAAAUCCCUGCAGGCUCCUGGGUUCGGGCUCCUCCGUCCGUGCGCUCGUUUGACACUUCGUGUUUGCAUCUGGCCCUUUGUCCUCGUAGUGAGUCCAGUUCUGAAUGUGCAACUUUCAUGUACGCUGGUGGCAUGUAAAACUUCAAAUAAAGAGUGGAACAUUUGGAA